AUGUGGCUCACCUACUACGCCCUCGGCCUUACCUUCCUCGUCCCCGUCACCCCGCCGCAGACGCACCUCUCGCUCUCGCUCCGGAGCCUCGGCUUCACCACGACGCGGUCGAACCUGCUCUCCAUGCCGUCCAAGACGAGCCCGUGGACGUACUUCGCCGUCUUCUCGCUCGUCACGGGCUUCCCGUACGUGCACCAGGUGCAGGUCACGUGGGCGUCGUCCGAAGUCAGGACGCGGACGCUGUACAACAUGUUUGUCCAGGCGGGCGGGAUCGUCGCGGCGAACAUCUACCGGGACGACGAUAAGCCUCUCUACAAGCGUGACCAGAUCUGGAAUGAGUGGAUGAAGGAGGCGAGGGACGAGGGCAACGCGCGGAUGGACUUCCGCUUCGCGUAUUGA